AUGGUUCAAUUCUCCGAGGAGACCAAGGAGCGCGUCUCGAAGGUCAUUGAUAUUUCUCGCGUUGCGAUCCACUACGGAUACUUGCCUCUGAUUGUCUAUCUGGGCUACACCUACAGCGAGCCCAAGCCGACACUGUUCAGAUUGUUCUCGCCUCUUGCCUAA